CUUUUUAAUAUGAUUAGAUCCAAGGUGUUCAUGACAUAUUUCGUAGAAAUUGCUAUCGUUCAAUUUUUAUAACAGAACCUAUACCUGAAACAACGAGUAGAUUACAACUAACGUACAGGAAAAGACUGUUUCGUAACUGGAUGUCUAAGGAACGUUCAAAGAAGAACAUUCAAUACGGGAAGGUUAUAACUCUUGUUUAUCAAACAAAUAAUAGUAAGUUCACGAAAUAAAGUCAAGCUCUCAAGUUCCACUGCUUUUCUUCUGGUUCUGAUGAUUUGGAGUAUCCAAUGGUGAUAGAUAUGCCAAAACUAGUUGGACAGGUUCUUUCAAACUUGACUGUAACAUAUCGUCCAAUAAAUGACCCAAAAUUUCCAAUACUUAUGAGUGAGCAUCAAAAGUGUAGAAACAUUCUCUUAGAAACAGGAGAAGCUCCAGAACUAAUAAUUCUCAUCAAAUCUGCUCCAUCAAAUUUUUUACGUAGAGAUGCAAUACGCUUAACAUGGGGUAAUGAUCUUUGUUGGGGUGGACGUCGUGUCAUCCAUCUUUUCCUUCUUGGUAAUGUCCCAUCUAAUAAUGAACGUUUAAAAUACAUAUUAAAAAAUGAAUCCUAUGCAUAUCAUGAUAUAAUUCAACAAGAUUUUCUCGAUCACUAUUAUAAUAGUACAUAUAAAAUUAUGUUUGGCAUUAAUUGGGCAGUAAAAUAUUGUUCAAAUGUCCCAAUUAUUAUGUUUGUUGAUGAUGAUUAUUUUAUCUAUCCAAAAAAUGUGGUUGCUUAUAUUGAAGGUUUAAGCACAGAGCUGCGUAAACUUUUGAUCAGUGGUUAUGUCUGGUAUAAUGCAGGACCAGUUCGUAAGAAUAUUGGUAGUCACGAAAAGUGGUUGGUUGAUGAUAAAGAAUAUGCUCCACGUUACUAUCCUCCAUAUGUGGCAGGAGGUAAUUUUUUUUUAUCAAUGGAUUUGGCACGUGAAUUAAAUGUAGCUAUGCGUUAUACAAAGUAUCUUCGGUUUGAUGAUGUCUAUCUGGGAAUAAUACUUAAAAAGUUAUUGCAUGUACCAAUGCAUUUAAAGAAAGUUUACACAUUCCACCCUGUAAAUUUAAAUUCAUCUGAGAUAUAUGAAAUGAUUUCUAGUCAUGGUUUUGGCAAAUCUGCUUCACAAUUCUUCUUAUGGGACCGCUUAAAAUGCUCAACAUUUUGUGUACAGUCUCUUGUUUAAUUUACCAUUUGCUUGUCUUCUUUUGUACUAUUAGGUCGAUACUUAUCACGUUUCUCUUCCUUUUUUAAAUCAUUGUUUCUCGAUCUAUUCAACUAUCAAUCAAGAUAAAACUGGUAGACAAUUUAUAGAAAACGUCAUUUUUAUUUGCCUUUUGUAUUGUUGUUGAGUAUCACCCGUCCUAAUAAUUUGUAUUCUAAUUGUGCAUACUUUUACAAUUAUGUGAUAUAUAUGAAACAAGGAAAUAUUCGUUCUGAAUACUUACUCAGAUAUUCCCAAUUAUUGUUACAAGUACUACUUUAAAUAAAAUUUUUGAUAGACUAAUAAAUAUAUUUAGUGAUCAAACUAAUCUAUACUUAACCAGUAAUGACUUUCUGUGUACGCACAUAUAAAAUCUCAUUUACUGUUGUGAAUUAUUGAGCUGUUUUAUAUAAUCCCCAUACCAAAAGACGAUUCAAUAAAUAGUCGAUCAGACAACUACAACGUAGGACCAGGCAUAUAUAUGCAUCGGUGCAAGUUGCAGCACCUCAUUAGCACAACAAGAUGAACACCGAAUCCAUAGAAGUAGUUACUUCACUGGUAGUAAUAUAUGAAAGAAAGAUUGUGUAUAAGGAUAAAGUACAGCAAGAAAAAACUAAUUCGUAGAAAGGAAGAUAUAAAGUAAUUUUAAUCUCACGGUUUAAGAGAAAACGAAGAGUGUGUACACCUACAUCAUUGUGAUCGCUUCACUCAUAUCAUACAGAGUCUCCAACCAUUGGUUACUAUAGUCGCGUGGACCCCAGCCAAGUAGUCUGGAUCUACCAACAUGGCUCAUACCAGAAGUUAGUGACUUCAAGGACUGAUGCCACGUUUUAGUCUGGCCACCCCUAACUCUCUUCCAAGCAUCCCCAACACUUGUCCGCAUUGCGCGUCGUGGUAACUGGUGUCCACGCAUACGCAACACGUAGCCUAACCAUCUCAGUCGAUGAAGAUUUACAACCCCAUCAACUGAUUUACCAUUAUUCCCUGAUACCCUGCGUCUAACCUCACUAUUACUUACCUGGUAAUCCCAGCAGAUGCGAGCAAUAUUUCUAAGAGAUCUGUGGUCAAAUAUCAGUAACUUACGAGUAUCCUCUACUCUUAGUGGCCACAUUUCUCAGUCGUAAAUUAAACCAGAACGAACUGCUGCGCAGUAUACUCGUCCUUUGAUUGAUGAACGGAUAUUUCGCCUUCGCCAUAAGUGACGUAAG